AAUAUGGCAAGCCCUGGCCAGCCUUUUGCCGUUUGAGACCUCGAAUACUGAUUUACACGAAUACGUUUUGGGAUUAAGUUAUAUUCUAACAGCGCACAACAACAGCAACAACAAAAACAGUAAAAGAAACAGUUUCAAAAGUACUAUGUUUUGUUAUUGUAAUAUGCCCAACACCUUGGUUUCUUUCCAGGUCACGUUUGUCACCCAAGCCCCUGCCUUCACGGUGGACACUGCCGAGUGUCCUAUGGUCACUACAGAUGUUACUGUCCUCCGCUCUAUAAAGGCAACAAAUGCGAAAGUAAGUUUCAUUAAAAACUUUUAUUGUUCUCGAUGCAUGAUGUGCUUUAUUGACGUCAUAAGUUUUCAAAUAUAAAGUUCUGUAAAUUGUUUCGUAAAAACCUGCGAUUUUCACGAUUUGAGCUCGAGAUAAAUUGAUGUCUUUCGCGUCUAGUGUAAAACCAUUUUAUUGUAAAAAGGCCAUUUCGAGCAAAUUCGAGAAGUCUCACUUCAUCCUAGGACCCCCAUAAAUUAUAUCAGUAUUUUGUGGAAGUGACCCCUACCCGAUCGUUAAGGAAACUACAAAAGUUCAAGAUUCAUCCUCAUGUCUAAGUUCACCACAGACUUUAUCUACGGUCGUGUUUAGACCAUCGGUGUUUACUAUUUUUGGCUAUUAAUAGUAAGAGUGAUGUUCGCUUCCAGUCCCUCAUCCGUGCUACACUCACCCGUGUCUGAAUGGAGGCAUCUGUAUUGACUCGUACAGUGGUUACACCGCUUAUCCUGAUAGAUGGAAUCAUGGAUCUCUACACUAUCUCUGUCUUUGUCAAGCAGGUUUUAUAGGGUCCAACUGUGAAGGUAACACGUAACUUUUGUGACUGUCAUUGACUUUGAUUAAUUAAUUACAUGAAAGCAAUGAGUGUGUCGAUAACAUAGAAAUGUACAUAGGGGAGGCAUGGAAAACAACUUCGCCCCAUGUAGGUAAGGGUAUUUCGCUCCGUAUAAAGUAUAACGUACUGUAUCCAGAUUCCGGAAAACCGGCAAAUGUUUGCUAGUGGAAUCCGGAAUCCUCGGAAUUCAGCGAAACCGAAAACCGCAAGUUUAACGAAGAAUUAUUGACCAUAUAAUUGUAUGAAUAAUAUUCCCGGAUGUCUAUAUUAUGAUAUCUGUAAACGCUCAAGAUACCCUGUGAGCAGUGAUUUCUCUCUUCAUGAAUGGAUUUUAGCGUUUACGAAGUCGUUCGCGACUUAUAAGCCGCAGGAGAACAUGCUCAAAGGAAAAAUCAAGCGCCUUGCUGCAGAGGUUUUACCCGGGGCGUAUAGAACAAAGCAACUACGCGACCGGCGACGCGAAUGACUUCGUAAACGCUAAAAAGCAUUAAAGAGAGAAACCUCUGCUCGCAAGAUAAGUCCAUGAUAGAUAUUCUCCUGAAUACUCAAUUUAACUUUUUCCUAUCUUAAUAUUUACUUUUAGUGGACAUAUGUAAGAAGUGUGACAUAAAUGCCAAAUGUAUAAAUGAAACCUGCGUUUGUGUAGAAGGCUUUUAUGGAGACGGUUUCGUUUGCCACAGUGAGUACACUAUCCAGUAGCGUUUUAUGAUUUCCCUAAACACAGAACAUCGGGCCUUUCCCUGGGUUUGGAGGAAGAAGGCCACAGCCAAGUUACCAGUAAAAGUGUUCAAAAUUGGAAUUGUAUACUGUUCACAGCAAAGACCUGUGAGAAUAAGGAUAUAGAAUUUAUUGGGAUUUCACUAUAAGAAACCAGUAUUUACUUUUGAAAAAUAGACUCAGUCCACCCAUUCACCUAGACUCGGCUCAUUCGAGAGCAGCGCGAAUUACUUUCAACCUUGACCGAUCCUUAUCCGAUGCUGAAUGCUUUUAAAAACUCACCGGCCUUCCAUUUCCUAUUUUUACAAGAAGUCUGUCAUUAUAUUUAUGCACAAAUUUUAUUUUCAUUCUUUAUCCAUUUUGCCUGAAGAAUCGUUUUCAAAGAAACUCUCAAGCAGAUCUUCACGUGCAGUCAAUCAAAUGAUUAUACCAAGGCCCAGGGCCGGACUAGGCGGACAUUUCUUGUACAGAGGACCUGUUAUAUAAAACUUUUGAAACACAAUUAUCAAUUUUUCGGGCAGUGUAUUACUAAACAGUUUUAAGAACUCUGUGAAAAAAAAUCAAAGCUGACAUGUAGGCCUUAAAUUCUUUAAACAAAGAAUCGUCCGUUGUUACAAUGAAAUCAAAGGAUUUUUAUCAAUUAUUAAUAUAUUUUUAGAUUCAUUUUCAAAUAAAUUAAAUGUAUGCAUUGUAAUCUUUAGUAUUUUAGCUUCAUCUUAAUUGAAUUUUUUAAAUAGUUUUAUUUCUUGUCUAUGUUGCUAUCUCUCUUUCUUAAUUAUUUGUACUGUCGCGGCUGUUGCCUUUUUCUAAACCUACUCAAAUAAAGCAUGUAUGUAAGUAUAUGUAUGAAUGUAUGCAAUGUUUUUUUUUUAUCCAGAAAUACCACACCCUUGUCAUCCAAAUCCUUGUAAAAACGGCGCCAAGUGUAAAGAACUCCAAGGUGGGGAAUACGAUUGUGAGUGCCCGCCAGGUACCAGCGGUAAACACUGUGAAGGUAAGGAACCGCUCGCGUGAUGUUAGAUUUAACUCACUCUAUGUAAAGAAAGUCAUGAGAACUAAGGGACUGUUUACAUGGAGUGGGGGACCCCGGUCUAGUGGGGUUGGUUUCUUUUGUUUUCACGCUCUGGGAGACACAAAACAACAGAAACCUACCCCACUAGACCGGGGUCCCCCACUCCAUGUAAACAGGCCCUAAAUAGGCCAUUUCCGAGUUCCAAAACCUCUCACUUACAAAACGAAGCGAAGUUCAAUCUUUGGAAAUAAGUUUUAUUUGCAUGAUAAUAGAACAUCAUUUUCAUAUCAAUGGUUUCACACUUAAUCACACUUUAAAACAGACGCUUGGAGCAACUUGAAAAUGGCUUAUAUGUGAACGAUCAUAUAGUUACCUACAAACACAGGUAGCCAAGUUUGAUAUUACCAGAUAUAAAGUGCUGAUGAUAGCGACAUGGAUUCAAAUCAAGUAUCUCCCAGUAACCUCAAAAGUUCAUGAAUACGUUAUGGAUGUGGACGUUUUAACUAAAUAGUGUUCUUUUAAAAGGGACAAGGAAAAUGAGCCCUCGGUAAAAGACGGUAUCCAAAACAAACUUUUUUUCCGUUAAUAUUUAACUAUUAUUGACUGAUUCGGCUUGCUUAUGAUAUGACGAAUUAAGCAGAUUUCGGAGGCUGUAAUACACCGAGGCUAAAUCUUACACGAUAUAGCCCUUUUUGCUUUACACCAGUAACUUGAAUUAAGGAGUGAGGGAUACUCAGGUCUUACACUGAUCGAUUCAUUUAUUCACAUUCGAUUUUUUUUUAACUUCAGAGAAAGACGCUUGUGUCCCCAAUCCUUGUAAGAACGAAGGAAAAUGCUUACAAACUCCUGAAGGUGGAUUCCGAUGUGUUUGCGAAAAAGGAUACACUGGUGAAAACUGCGAGAUUCGUAAGUCUUAAAUAAAUUUCAGUACUGAUGUUAGAGCUUUUUUAUUUUUUCCUGAAAAAAAAAAGGUUUCUGUUAGUUCUUCUUGUUGUUGUUGUUUUGUUAAAUGAACCUAUUAAAGAGAGAAUAAUUUCGUUUUUAGAUUAUUCUCUAUUGAUCAGCCAAUAGUUGAGACGGAACAUGGUUUCAUUGUUUUGUCUCAAUAAACAAACCAAAAAAAUGAAAAAGGCAACGUUUCGAUCCCUCAAUCGGCUAUGAGAAGUUCUCAAAAAGUAAAAGUGCAAAAUUACUUUCCAGCAAUCUUCUUUUCAGCUUGAUAAGGUGUUAAAUACUCGUUAAACCAACCAAAAGCCGCGCGCAGAUGAACAGUUCGCCAAAAAAUCCGACGAAUUAAUAUAUGUUUGCUUCUUUUUAAUGUUCAGUGUUUUGUCCUGUUUCGAUUUCAAGGUAAAAUACCAUGAACUUGAAACCUAUAGUAACGUGACUACGCGUGAGGGAAAGUCUUACGAUAUCUUUUGUUGUUUUAUAACGUUCAAUCAUUGUUUAAUGUGAAGCUGCCUAACAUAACAGAAUGUAACGCAACUCUGCUGUACCAGACUUCAUUGUUGGGUCAGUCAAAGACUGGAUUAAGAUUGCUUGAUUGUCUUUCUUAGCUAUUAAUGGAUGCCAAAGUAAUCCUUGCCAAAAUGGAGGAACUUGCCAGUUUGAAGACGGCAAGGUGGUUUGCAAGUGUAAAGGAAAAUUUAGUGGACCAACUUGCGCAGGUAAAGUUUUGUUUUAGUUACGAGUAAUGUUACUCCAAAAAGCAUGAGCACCGAAAAUAUUUCAUUAAUAUUGACAGCGUAGACUACUAACCCUGAUUCAUCACAAGACGUCUCCGAACGAGAGAAGCGGGGGGUGAUGAAAGAGUCUCCCCUCUUUCAUCCUUAUAAUCCCAUCCCCUCGCUGCUUCCAUUGAACGUGCUUCUCUGUUAUGUAAUAAUUAAACAGGUACUAACCAAUUACAACCUAGAUCAGGACACUCAAACAGACCACGGGACCAUCAAUGGAUUACCGUUACUGCUUGCGGAUACUGUUCUCAUACCUAAAGAAAGCCCGGUGCAAACGGACGCAACAUAGCUGGCCAACAACUCCCAAUAUUGUUGGAUAUUACAUGUUGCGUCACGUCCGUUUGCACACCCUCCUUCAUGUUGUUGGAAGUUGUUGCACAAAGUUCGAAACCGGUCAAACGUUUGAGCCAACAACUUCCAACAUUUCAUUUGUUCCGUUAUCGCCAAAGCGUAACGCAACAAUAGGGCCAUUCAUACGAAGAAAAAUAACACGCGUCUUAAAUAAGACGCGAACUGUACCUUUUAUACGAGCAUGUCUAAUCUAAGACGAGAACAGCUCGUAUGAAUGGUUCGCGUCUUAUUUCUGUUCUUGACUCGUUUUCAUGUGAAUGUUGCCCGUAGCAACGGCAAUCCAACGUGGGGCGCCAAAAAUUAACGCAUGCGUACUAUGCGUUCGCGUCUUAUGUAAGACGCGAAGGUCAUUUUGUCUUAGCUAAGACGCGUCUUAUCUAAGAACAGGUGUUAAGGGCUGUUCUAAAAGGAGGCGCGUGUUAGCUAAGCCGCGUCUUAUUUUAGACGAAAUGUGCCGUUUAUACGGAAAGUUCGCGUCUUAUUUAAGACGCGUCCUAUGUAAGACGCGUCUUAUUUUUCCUCGUAUAAAUGGCCCUAAUGUUUGAUCCAUUUGCAAAGCUUUCCAACAUUUUAGCGCUACGCUCGCGCAUUACACAUGGUCUCCUUAGAGAUCAUUAACGUGUGUUACAAUGUUGUUGAUCGAAUUAUUCAGAUUUCUCUUAUUAUGACCUAAUUCCCUACAAGUCCCAACAUUGUUCGGCCCACCAUUGCUGGGAUUUGUUGCGUCCGUUUGCACAUAGCUUAAUAUUGGGCUGUAUAUCAUUCCAGAAACAUCUUUGAUGUUGACAGUUUGCAGCAGAAUUAGCCCUCAACAGCAUCUUACUUUGCUUAGGUUAUUUAUAACACAGACAUAACUAUUUUCCUUUUUUUUUAGACUGUAGUUGUCCUAAGGGAAAUGCGUUUGCAGUGCCACCUAUUUAUGCGCAAGAAUGUGAUCUGGAGGGGAGCUGUUAUUGUGCAGACAAAUUAAGUCUAACGGAAAACGGAUGCACGGGGGGGCGUAAGUAUGACUAUAUCUUAGGGUAGCUAGUGACAAAAUAGAGAGAUAUCUGUACACACGUCUAGCCUUCGACAAUUCUGGGGUUGUUACUAAAACGAAGGAACGUAGAAUGUGAAACGAGCACUGGGAAUGGGAAAAAGAAAGUCAGUUCAUGACAAAAACCUAACUUAAACUCUGGCUGACCCUGUCAGUAACGUCAUUACCAAUUCUUUCAUUUGUUUCCCUUUUCUCAAUUUCCUGUUUCUCGUGCUCGUUUCCUGUUUCUCUUCUUAUAGUAACAUCCCAAUUCUGGUGCUUUUUCGUUAGUUUAUUUCAAAGUUAUUCUAUUGUUCAUAAUCAAUCAAUACCUAAUGCACUGCAUUGAAAAGUAUGAGCCAGAGAAAACAGACGACAUUUUUCGUCGCCACCAACGGGUUUCCUCGCGAAAUGACGUCAGAGAAAUGAGCGCAGAAAUUCCAUACUGAUGACGCGCACCACCAAGAUCUGGAUAGUGGCGUUGGUGGCGUCCCAAAAUGUCAUCUGUUUUCACAGUCUAGCAUUUAAUGUGUUCCAUGCAGUGCAGGAAGCUAGAUAAAACUAAAUAGUUUUAUUUUCAUUUUUUCUCUCUUCCUUAGAGAAAAACGUUCCAUGCGAAUCUAACCCUUGUCAAAACGGAGGAACAUGCGUGAAUCUUGACAACAAGAUCUAUCAAUGCAACUGCGCUGAAGGAUUCACGGGAACCAAUUGUGAAAAACGUAAGAAUCAUUGUGGUUGCUUGCAAUUCAUUCUCAAAAUCAGGAAUGUCUGAUGGAUUGCAAAUUAAAAAAUAAAAUAACUUGGACUUCUAACUAAUAAAAAAGUUCUAAAAACAGGUAUUCCAAGAUUUUCAGGACAAAACGUUUCAAUUUCUACGAUUUCGACUAAUUCUAUUCUAUCAGUAAAUAAGAGCUAUGGAAACUGAAUGGCCUCGAAAUGACUGUGAGAAGAAAGCGGAACAUCCACGGGGACGACCAUUUUUUCGUUGUAAAUCGUAAACGACAUUCAACUAAAUUGUACUCUUACCUUCAGACAUGGAAAUGGCCUCUAUUGCAAUUAGAUAAGAACGCAUUCACAGUCAUUUAGUGAAACAAAAUUAGAAAGCUGAAUAAGCAGCAGGCAGACUUAAAAUUCUAUCUUUUUCCAACGAUUGUCAAUUGAAUUAAAGUACAUCCUGUAUGGCUGAAUACGUCGGGCGUUUUCUUUAAAGACGCCUAAAUCUAACGGUUCACUGCCAUGUAUUACUCUGAUAGAGGUCUGUACACCUGGUUAUUGCCUAAAUGGUGGCAUCUGUAAACCCGUUGGCAACCAGCCGACAUGUAUUUGUCAACCUGGAUACACUGGAGCGAGAUGUGAAAACAAACCAGGUAAACAAGCCCUUGGUUGUUAUUCAUCCCACAGCCGGUCCGACUGCACCCUGCAGGCAGAGUCUUCCUUUCGCUUGCUCGAUUUUGAAUUACUUGAGAAAGACCCUGCAUGAAUCGCAAUCUCGUACCGAGAGCCUGCGAUCCUUUUGGUCAACACUAAGGAUCACUUACCUCUAGAAGAAUCCGAAAAAAAAUCUCUGAUUGGCCGAUAAAAUCGUGUUCAUCGAAUGCAAAUUUCCUUGAAAAUCAAAAAACCGUGAGCACGUUGAUUUGAUUUUGACAUGUCAUUUGUGUACACAUCAAUCGGAUCACCUCUUCACUCAAGAAUACAAAAGGAGUCUCUGCUUGAAGGGUGGUCCCACUGGAAAAAGAAGUCUAUAUAAAGUUUAUCAUGAUGCUGAGUCGGCAUCAACUCCACUGAAUUUACGUUUUGUUAUUUCCUAAGUCACUCAUGAAGAUGAAUUAUCAAAUGUAAAUGACUGAAUUGUCUUUUUGAAGGUAAUAUAGCGAUAAAUGAAGAUCAAACAUUUUAUUGCAGUAAUUGCCAAAGUAACAGUCUCAUUCUGGGUAUAGCAACGAGAUAAAUUUAGAAAAAAUCUUGAAAGAAAUGUUUCAUUAUUCUCUACACUUCGAAUUGUAAAGUCAAUCAACAUUGCCUUCUAUAUAUAUUUAAUACUGGCGCAUAAAAAGCUCUUCAACAGAACAAAUUCUAAAAAAAUUAUGCGUUUUCUUCUGUCUGGGAUUAUGUAAAGCACUAACGGUAUAUGAACUUUCAAAAGCCAUAACGACCUGAUCUCAUCGCACUUUAAACACCCAAUGCAGACUAAAAUGCCUUUCUGAAAAGCUAUUUUACCAGCUUUUUUCUUUAACCAGUAGUUCUAAAAAUCUUGUCAAACGUCUUCACCAUUAUCUGAUCCUCUUAACUCUGGAGCAGGUGUUAAACUGACUGGUGUCAUAUUCCAGUGUACAACCCAAUGGAGUGUAACGUACCUUUUAUCACCUUUGUGCUUUUCCCGCUACUAACUUUAAUUGUAGGGACCAAAGACUAUUGCCAUCCCAACCCAUGUCUAAAUAGCGGCACAUGUGUCCAAGUAUUGGGUGGAUAUGACUGUCAUUGCGAUGAACAAUACACUGGAGCGCACUGUGAAGGUAACAAGGAGUCAAAAAAACUGUGGUCAUCGAAGAUACACCUAUCUUGAGAAAAAAACAUGAGGUUCUUUCCAGAACUCAUGUAGAACUGCCUUGGUCAAAGUUGGAUGCCCUAGUUAUCUUCCAGAUAAGUCACUAGUUACUCCGCAGAUUGGCCGUAAUUAACUAGGCCAGUUGUGGAUAGAAAUUUAGCAGAUUUGCGGUGAACCACCAGAUUUUUGAACUACCUGCAAUUGACCCUAACGGUCUGUGAGUUGUCCUUGUAGUCUGAACCUCUAUAGGAGGUGAUUCCGUAAGAAAAUUAGAAAAACAAGAACAGCAACAAUAAAACCUAACAUAAUAAUAAACAAAAUAAAGACUUCUAGUAAGGCAACUAAUAGCCAUGCGGUGAUGAAUGAAAAGAAAAAAAAAACGAUAGGCAAAGAUCUGAUAAAGACACUGCCCGUGUCAUUUUCAUGUUUAUAAGUCCUUUAUAUCCCAACCAAAACUGCUUUUACGGUUUUGAUUCUCAGAGGAUUUACAAGGUGUUUCGUUUUAAACUAAACACAUUGUUGCGAUCCGUUGCUUUGUUUUGAUGAAAAAUCGCAUCUUUAUUAGGCCAAACAUUUCUUUUAUAAUUCCUAGUCGACAAGUGUGCCAAGUGUGAUGUCCACGCCAUCUGUGUUCGGGGACGCUGCAAAUGCAUACCAGGUUACAUAGGAACAGGUUAUGAAUGUAUCAAAGGUAAAAUAUUUAUUCAGGAGGAAGAUGAUUAAAUUUCUUUUAAUCAGUGACACAGGCGGCUCGGAAGAAAAACUCCGAGUACUCCUAACAUGAGUCGAACCUGUCGCCCCAUGUAAUGAUGAGAGGGAAAUUGCAAGACAGUCUUGGAUUCUGGAUUCUACGCCAUAGAUUCGGAUUCCAGUUACUGGAUUCCAGGUCUUUGUCAGUGGAACAAGGAUUCUGGGUUUCAAACGUUAGUGGAAUUCCGGAUUCCAAAGCCCAAGAUUUCGGAUUUUAUUAGCGAAAGUUUCCAGGAUUCGAAUUCCACAAGAAACAAUUUUUCGGAUUCCGGAAUCCGGAUUGCCUUAUACGGGGCGAAACCAAUGCCCUUUUGGUAAUAGUCCAGAUACUCUACCACUGAGCUUCUCGAGACCCGUCGAAACUAAACCAGGUGCAUGUGAUGCUUGCUUGCCAAUAGGAAGUUUGGGAAUGGUUAUGCAUGCAAACAGAAGUUUCAAACUGACCCUAUGUAAAUAGGUCACGGUCAGACCUUUCCUCUCUAGUUCAUUAUUUUAAUUUGUUUCCCUCCUCCAUUUGAGCAAUUCGGGGUGCAACCAAUGUCAAUUUCGAGGGUUAAUACAAAGACAGUCGAACGGCUAAUUCAGCAUGACAAAAUUAUUUUUGGACUGCUACUUCUGUGAAACGUUUCCCUUGUUCAGCCAAUCUCUAGAGUUUUUUCGCUAUUACUGAAUUACAAAUGAAUUUAAGUACCCGUAAAAUUAGAUUUACAGUGAAACCUCUAUUAAGCGGACCCCCAAUUAAGCGGACACCCUCUAUUAAGCGGACACUAAGCCGGGUUCCGAAAUUGACGUCUUAUAUUUCCUUUUGUAACGAACCCCUAUUCAGCGGAAACCUCUAUUAAGCGGACGCGGACACUAAAAUAAGUUGUAUUUGGCUAAUUUCUAUUGUUAAAAAACUCUAUUAAGCAGACAACGGACUGAAUUGACAAUAGUAGUAUUGGAUUGCGUCCUCGAAAUACGUACUGAAGUCAGUUAAUGCAGGCAUAUGUUUUUCCACUAACAAACAAAUUAAAGUUGGUAAUGAAAGGUAAUGAACUUCAACUCUGGAUAGCUUCUUUAACAACAUGCAACUUUAUCACAGUACAGAGUAACCGUUGAAUGUGGAUCGUUAACAAACAUUAAUUGCGCAAUUUUUACACCCUCUAUUAAGCGGACACUUGGGAAGGUCCCGAAGGUGUCCGCUAAAUGGAGGUUUCACUGUACUUUUAAAAUGUUGAUAAAUGUUUUUUAGCUCGGAAAAAGCACUGCCCGAUGGUAUGUCCUAUCUACUCGACAUGUAUACAUGGCGCUUGCCAGUGCCUACCGGGAUAUCAGAUGCAGGGAAACAACUGUAUACGUAAGUAGGACAUUUUUUAAAAUAAAGAAUUUUUUCUAAUUUUUAGUGGAUGCAUUCUUAAGGGAAAAUCCUGCUUUCCUUCUACCACAUUUGGAAUAUAUGCUACGUCCUGAAAAUAACUUCUUUCUAGAGCUCCCAGGCUUAUCUCUGAGUAGCGAUUCACAUGAUUGCUAUUGGACCUAAACAUGCAAAAACUAGCAAAAUAAUGUUCCGACGUCUCUGUGACCUCAUGAUGCCAUUAUCAAAAAAGGAAAUAAAUUAAUGCGAGUUAAAAAGAGUUAAAGUACUUAAAAUUUGCAUGAAUAAAAAUACAUCUAGUCAAGACAAAGACUUGAGAAUAGAUUGAAUCCAUUUGCGAGUUCAAAGGUGGUCUUUUCUGUAGUUUGAUGUACAGCAUUUCGUUAACAAAAAAGUCAUAUUUUUUCGUGCAUUUCUUCAGCACCUAAAACAAUUGAGGAGGUCAUUAGGAACAGCAUCUGCAGCUCCAUCGUCUCUGUGCAGCUGUAAUUUUCAUUUAUGCAAAUAUACAGUACUAUAACUGUUUUUGAACUUUCAUCGAUUUAUUUCUCUUUCGUGAUAAUUGCAGAAAAUUUUACGUAAAGAAAUUAACUUUACAGGCAUACAGUAUGAUAAAAAUAAUAGCAAGUUAUAAGGAUGGUUACUAAAGACUGUUGUUGCCGGUUAUCAUGACAGCUCCUUUACUCAUCGCACACAAGCCCUUGCCUACUCAACCACACACUCCUCCUCCAACGCCACCACCACCGCCGCCGCCACCACCCCCACCACCACCAAUGCCUCUACCACCGCCACCGCCAUCAUCAGCGACGUCUGGGUAUCCUGCAGUGGUGUACUAUUAUCCUUACGGCAAGCGAAGUCAUGUACAGAGUCAAUUUAAGUCUAGUUGAAGUAACGAACAAGACUAAAUGCUUACUUAAAUGAAGGCUAAGUGUAAGUUAAAAUUUCGUGACGUUACUAUAGAGCUGCAUGAAUAAUACUACAAAAUCAGGUCACACACGUGGUGGUGGAGAUGGUUGGAAGGUGGAUCAAUUCAAUGCCAUGCGACUGAAACUAUCAGACGGUACCUACCUACACUACUUAGCAGUUUCAAUUUAAUUUUUUUCAUUGGUUUCGGAAUCAUAGAAGAACCCAUCAAAUUCCUUCAAGGCUUUAACUUCAGCUUAAAACUUAACCUAUCCAGUGGUAACGAUAGCGUUAUCAUUUUUGUGAAACUAUUUCAAGUAACGGAAACAUUCGACGUGUAACAUUUGCGUUUACAAACUGGACUUACAGGUUUGACGGUUUACGCCAUACAUAACGGUGAAGACGAAGAAGAGGAAGAGGAAGAGGAGGAGGAAGAAGAAACUCGUCCAUCUCCUCCUAUUCCCAGCACCAUACACCCGACCAAACCGACAGAACCACAUAUAUCUCCUGUACCUACGCACGCCACGGGCGGUCCACCUCCUGAGCCAUCUCCCCCACCACCGCUAACAACUCCCCCGCCUCCUGUCACACCCGCGACUCCUUCACCACCGCCUCCGAUCCCUGUACCCUCACCACCACCACCCGUACCUGUACCCUCACCACCUCCUCCUGUACCUGUACCUUCAGCACCUCCUCCCGUCCCAGUACCUUCAGCACCCCCUCCUGUACCAGUUCCAUCCCCUUCCCCCUCAUCUCCGCCGCCGUCCCCUCCACCCGUCCCCCAGCCUCCACCUCCUGUGGCAGCACCUCCCCCUCCUGUUGCAUCACCACCCCCUCCUGUCCCCCAACCUCCUCCUCCUGUUGCAGGACUUCGCGCUCCCCCUGCUCCUCCACUUCCAGCUGGAAGCCCACCUGCCGCUGCUCCUCCCUCUUCGGUGACGUCUUCUCCUGGAUCAUAUGGGCCUCCAUCUUUUGAUUAUCGCUAUUCUGACUACCCAGCCAGUCCUGCUAAUAUUGGAUAUCAGCCUAAUUAUAAUAGUUAUUCUAAGCCGUCUGAGACCCUUUAUAAUCGAUUAUAU